UUCCUUAUAUAUAAUUUUUCUCAUUCACUACGAACGGUUUUUCUUAAUCUACUUUUCUGUUUGUUACUCUGUCUAGACGAAAAGGAGUGUGCGUUCAAUAUGAAAUCAACGUUUAAAAACUAUAUUAAUAGGAAGUCUGUUGUCACACAAAAUCCUAAGAGUUGUCCUGAUUUUAAACGGUUUUUAGAGAAAGAGAACCAAUCGGGGACCAAAAGCUAUCGAUUAUGAUCAAUUUUUUUACUGGUAUCAAUGAAAGUCAGCUCACUUGUCAUUCUAUAGGUUUCUAUUUUUAAAAUUGAGUUAGCUCAAUAAUGAUUGAGUUUAUAUUCUGACGUAUAUAAUACAUUUUUAGAUUAAUACUGAUACGGACACCUCAAAUUUUGAUACAUUUCCAGAAGAUGACUCUGAAAUACCAGAAGACGAUUUAACUGGUUGGGAUAAAGAAUUUUGA